GGAGUCGUCCAGUUAGUUCUACACAACCCACACCUGUGUGAAAAAUCACAUAAUUAUAAAAUGGCCCGCCGGAGUUUCCCGAGAACAGAGGUUUCGAGUUUUUCCGACAUGGUUUUUGGGUUUUUGGACGACGGAGAGGGGUUAGCGGCGGAGGGAUUUGGGAGCAGCUUAGAGAGCCAAGAGAGUGAAGCGACGGCGUUUGAUGAAAAUGAUGAAGAAAAGGAAAAUGGCGAGAGCUUGGAAGAAAGCAAGAGCUUUUGGGAGACCCAAAACCAGAUCUUACAAGCGACGAUAUGUCGGACUAAUUCUCUGGAAUCAAAGAUCAGAACUGCCACAAAGGAGGCAGUUAAGGAAAUCCAGGGGACGGGAGGAGCCUGUGGAUGUGGAAGAUCCGUUCUGGAAAUGACCGGCUGCCGGAGCUGCCUGCUGAGGGUGAUUUCCGGUCACCUUCGAAACGCCGGCUACGAUAGUGCCGUUUGCAAGACCAAGUGGAGAAGCUCGCACCAUAUACCCUCAGGGGAACACACAUUUUUGGAUGUGGUGCACAAAUCAAAGAAAGGGGAGGUGAGGUACAUAAUUGAGCUAAACUUGAGAGCAGAGUUUGAAAUGGCUCGAGCUAGCGAGGACUACAACCGCCUGGUACGGCGGCUGCCGGAGAUCUUCGUGGGAAAAGUGGAGAAACUUCAGGGCGUAAUAAAAAUAGUGUGCGGCGCUGCGAAAAAGUGCAUGAAGGAGAAGAAGAUGCAUUUGGGACCAUGGCGAAAACAGAGAUACAUGCAAACUAAAUGGCUGAGUGCGUGUGAAAGGACCAUGUCAAUGCCUCUUGUUUCGGUUGGGUACUCGUCUGGUCGGCUUCCGAAGCCCAGAGCUUCGAUGCUUACCGUUGAUUUGCUCGACAAAUUGCCCAAUCGGACGGCUGUUGAAGUCGUCUAAAUUGUUAUAAGAUAGAUAAUAUAACGUAGAGUUUCCUUUUUAGUAUUGGCCACUGUUCCACUUUUUUUUUUUUUUUAAAUGUUUUUCGGCUGUAAACUUUGGUGCUCUGCUGGCAUGUGAAAAUAAAAUUCACAAUCCAUGACCUAUAGAAC